AUGGAAUGGAAUGGGGAUGUGAUUACGGUACAAGCAAGGGGAAAAAAGGAAGCUGUUGCUGCAACCACUGCAAUCCAAGAGGAUAUAUUUUUUGAGAUGGGAGUUGAUCCAAGCUUUGGGUUAGCUUGCCUGGGCAAAGUACAUGCGGUUUAUGAGAAUGAUCUGGAUUUGGUGGUUCGCUUUUAUACAUUACUCGCAGUGGAAGAGAUGGCAUGCAAGGAGGCUGAGCUGGGAUCAGACAAAUUUGUUGAGAGAAUGCACAUGCAGCGCAACUUACAGGAACAGCAACUUGAGAUGCUAAAGCACAUGCGCAAAUUUCACCUGGAUGAUCAGUAUGCAAUCCUUGAGAAGUUGCAUCAGCAGAUGGAGGAGGCCAAUUUUGAAUGUGGGGCAUCAGUUUUGUCUGGGGAACAGAUUCAAGAGGUAGUUCGAAGGAGGAUAUCGCCUGUAUUAAUGCCAAGGUAG